AUGUUGUCUGGUUCGUUUGCAAAUCCGUUAUAUUUCUUUUCCACAAAUACCCCCAAUUUUACACAAGCAGAAAUGUGGGUUCGCCUGCCAGAUAUUCUUGAGUUCUUUUUCGUAGCUCAUCCAGCAUCUGGGCGACGCGAAGGAGAGGAACAUCAACGCAUCAUGUAUUUCUAUCCAAAAGGCGAGACACUGGAUCGUCAGGCAGAGAUCACUGGAUUUGCGGAAGCUGUCGUCAACUUCACGGACAAUUUCGUCAGUCCUCAAGAACAUGCAGAAAAACCCGAAUUUCCUUUCCGGACUGUAUCCACGCAGAAGUCCGAGCAUGUCUAUAUACAAGUGGAAGAUUGCGAGUUCCUUAUUGGUCUUGCUCUCUCAAAGAUUCAAUACGCUGCAGUUGAAUACUCUGUCUUUCUGCCUGCAAUCCAAAACGUUUUGACAGAUGUCUACAAGAUGUUUCGCCUUUUCUUCGGGGAGUUCAGUCCUUUCAGGCAAAGAAAUGAGCAAAAAUUCAAGGAACGUCUAGAGUAUUUUCUCGGUCGUUAUCUGCCGCUGCUGAAACUCCAUCGGAUGCCACUAUUGGAUUAUUUGAAUGGGGCUGCAUUUCUGAAAAUUAAUGGACCCACAUACUUAAAUGUGGUAUCGAUGUCAUCUGAACUCAUGGAGGAAUUCCCUGUGAUACAGAAAAUCCUUGUCUUGUAUCAGGACAAAGUGUUGUACUAUUCUCUAUCUCGACGUGAUCUCCCGUCUUUGUUUCGCUACCUCACUCAGAGUCUCUUACCGAUGACCAUCGGUGAUGAGCUGGACUAUCAGUCGCGCUCUACACAAGGUCGAUUUUUACGCGGCCCUUCUGACCUCUCAACAGAUGCACCAUUGGUAGGGGAUGAUGCUCUUCCAACAGUUCAUCUUUUCAAUGCUGUCGACGAUGAAGACAGCGAGGAACUCAUAAAGUAUAAUAUGUUUUGCAUGUUUGACACCAAUCAAGAAGUAACCAGAAUGUUGUUGAGGAAUAUUGACGGGUAUUUGUCAAGCGAGUUGAGCAAGGUUGCUUCACAAAUAGGAGAUUGCAUAGGAUCGCAGAAUCCUGAUGUGCUUUCAACACCUGACUUCCACUAUGUCUAUUUUAAUCCGGCUUCGCUGAGUCUCACGUCAUCGUUCACGGAAUCACCAAAUACUCCGAAGCCAGCAUUACCACCUCCUGAAGUGAGCAGGUUGGUAUGCAGCUCACUUACCAGUUUUCUGCCUGAUGCGGAUGAAUUUGGUGAAUGUUUUGCAAAAUCUGAAUCAGAUUGGUGGAUAGUUUUGAAAAAGGUUAAUUCGCGUCUACUCUGUCUUCUGCUACCGCCGUCAUCUAAUCAACAAUCACGUCGCUGA